GGCAUGCAAGUUGAUGAAAGUGACUCGAGAGGCAGAAGACGCCGCGGUGCUCACCUAGUUGGUCUUUACGGCGGAUGCUCGCCGGUAUCACACCAUCAGAGCUCACCGAGGGCGCGCGGAAAGUUCACCUCAAAGUCUGACUGUGUGUGUACGCACGCCCAUGUGCGCUCAGUCUGUCUGUCUGUCUAAUAGAGUGACCCCCCAGCGCGCUGUUUAAAGGGAAGACAAGAGAGCUGAGUCAACGUAUCACAAGGAGAACGAUGCAACAGUUGAUGUGCGCAAGUUGCAGUUUUCUUGUAUUUGGAGGCACGCGGUGGAUGGUGACUUUGAUCUGUGGGGAAGAAAGAUCGGGUGAUUUGUUGUGUUAAACCCCCUCAUCUGUCAGAUAAACCGAGAACUAUACAGAAAGCUCUUCCCGUUUAAAAAACAGUAGGUUGUCUACUUGCGCGUCUUUCAAAUUAAAAUGGACAUUUGGACAGAAACGCAUUUGGAGGGACUUGCUCUGCUGGAAUGAAGUUGAAGUGGAUUUCGGAUGGUCUGCGACGGUGAGUAGCAGUGCAGUCUGCACCAAUAUGCAUCGGAUUCUGCAGAGGAGGCGAGUGCGCAAGCUGCGGGUCUUCUGGGCUUCUCUGGCCCUGGUGGCUCUGUCUCUGGCCGCAUGCAGCGCGCUUUUUACGGCAUGGACUUGGCGACAGACGCGGGACUUGUCUCAGUCCUUUAAGAUCCUGCAGGACCGAAUGGAGCAGGUCAACACACAGAGGAAGGCCAUUGUUCAGCUCAUUCUGGAGAAGAGAGAGCUGCUGGUGGGGCAGCGCGUGAAGAGAGAUGGGGGGGCGCUGCGAGGGAGGAAUGGAAAUGGAAAGAAAGCGGCGUCUCAUUUUGAGAUAACCAAAGUCUCUUCUCAGCAAGUGGGAGAAGGUGGUGUGAUAAAGGGUUGGGAAGAGAGGACGUUGAAUAUGAGCAAAGCGGUGAGGUACAACAAGGAUCAAGGAACCUUCACUGUGGAGAAAGCAGGCGUCUACUUCCUGUUCUGCCAGGUGUUGUUCAACGAGCAGCAGUCUCAGUAUGUGAAGCUGGAUGUGGUGACCAUUGGCCCGAGGCCUCAGAAGUUGCAGUGCAUGGAGGGUUAUGGGACGACCCCAUCCGCCGGGCCGCACCCGUUCCACUUCCUGAAGCCCUGCCAGGUGUCCGGCCUCCUGCGGCUGGAUAAAGGCACGGAGCUGCAGGCCAUCACAGGCUCGUCCUUCAGACUCCAUACUCUGGGCAAUCCUUCAGCCUCGCCUCACAUCUUCAGCAUCUUUAAAGUGAACUGAAGUGUGGAAUUCUUUUUUUUUUUUUUACACAAACUCAUCUAACAACAACAACAACUUUCCUUUCUAUGGAUGAGGUUUUCUUUCUACAUGGUAAAACAGUCAUGAGCAGUCUGGGUAUCACAUCAUGCCACAGCCUCCUCCUAAAGAUGUCUACUUGACAAACAAAUCAAACAUUUGUGGAAGUUUUUAUGGCUUUUUUUGUUGUUGCUCUGGACAGCUGUGCUGUUUUGGAACGCAAAACAAGACUUUUGGAUUAAAAUCAAGAACCGAAAUGAAUGUGUCCAAGGAGAACAGAUGUUAUAGAAGCUGUUCUGUAGAUACUGGGCUUCAUAUAA